AUGUAAGAAAAUAUAAUAGCCCAUAAUUCCGCCUAUGCAACUGAUUAAAAAAAAGAGACUUAUUUCAAAUUCGUCAAAUUUCCCACAGGAUUAUAAAUUAAAGAAGAUAUUGUUUGGACUUAUCGAAGCGCAGCCAACACAACUCAAAAUGCAGAGAUAAAUGAAAUCUUUAUUCCUAAAAUAUUUAUAAAUCAACUUCAAAUUAAUUCCAAUUCCUUAAUAGAUAGUGAAUAAUUUAUAUUUUUAAGAAGUCUCUCUUAAUCUCUGAAUACUUCCAUAACUUUUUUAUAAGAUAAUAGCAGAAAUAAUUAUCAAUAAUAAACCUGCAGAAGAAAAUAUUAAAAGCCAGUCUAGUAUGAUAGCCCAACUAAUUUUACUAUGUUUGUCACAAUCAUGCUUAUAUUUAGAACAAGCAAUGAAAAAAUACCCGCAUUAUUAAAUCUCUUUUUAAGAGAAUAUGCUGAAUCGUAAAUAAUAUAUGUAAAGGAAACAUAAUAAAGUUUAAGGCAGAUAAAAGAAAAGAACAAAGCUAAAAAGAAAAGUCUGUCAUCAAAAAUAGCAGUGUAUCCAAAAAGUGCAAGAGAAAUAAUAGAUAAGCCUAUAGUAAAAUAAGCAACGGGCAAUAUUGAAAAGAAAUCUGCACACAAUGAAGCAAAGAUUUGUGUAAAAAAUGAAGUGCUUAAUUCAGCAGUGAGAUUAAGAAUAUUAUAAGACUUAUACAUGUAAUAUUUAAUGCAAAAAAAAGCCAUUUACUAGGCUAGGCAAAGACAAAACAUAGCCAUUGAGCAUGAAAUGAGGAUAUGCAGUCUUUUUUUAUGCUUUAUUUAAUUUAUUUCUUCUAUUAUCCAUUUUUCUAACAAAGGGUAGAAUAAAAACAAUUUUUCUCUACUACUAAACUUUUACUAUUUAAUGUCAACUUGGAUGCUUUUUAUAUUUGAAUUUUGA